CGAGGAGCGACGAAUGCGAGGCGGGGUAUUAGCGUGAUGUGGUAUUUGCUUCAUGCUGUGAAUCGUAAGCCUUGAAAGCCUAUUAAAAGUGAACAGCUGUGUUUAUUCGCCUGAUUGCGGCUGAGCAGUCGAAGUGAUAGCCCGAAAGUUGAUAUGCGACAGAUAAGACAAACCGCAGCUCGGAACCCAGUUCAUAUUUAAAGACCUGGAAUUGGAGGCUUUUCUCUUUUCUCUUUGUCAACUAUAACAACCAUUCUUCUACAUCAGUUCUCCUUCUGUUACUUGAUUCACCAGAAUUGCAACUCAUAUCUUGUUACAACUUUAAAGUUGUAGUGACAACAUGGCUGAAGCUGAGACCGUUACAUACCGAGGAAACUGCCACUGCGGCAAGUUUGUGUUUGAGACAAAGUUGCCCGAACUCAAGUCAGCAUCCGACUGCAAUUGCAACAUCUGUAACAAAAAGGGCUAUCUCUGGAUCUUUCCUGGUAAAGACAAUGUCAAGAUUAUCAAGGGCAGCUUAGAGGACCUGACGACGUACGCGUUUGGUCCUAAGAAACUGAAGCAUCUGUUUUGCCCUACAUGCGCUACAGCAAUAGCUGGAUCGACAGAGGAUGAGAAAAAAGACUUUCAACUUGCUCUUAAUGCCCAUACUUUUCAAGAUUUGGAUACCUGGGUUCUAGAGAGAACCCCAUACGAUGGUGCCUCCCUAGGAGAACCAUACCAGCCUCCAGUUCACAAGGGAGAGCUUCCCAAGCCUGAAGGCGAAGACGUUGUAUAUACAGGCAGCUGUCACUGUGGUGCACUCACUGUAGCCACAACGGCCAAGCCUCUGGAUGAGACCUUCGAAAGAGCUAUUCAAUGCAACUGUAGCAGCUGCGAGCGCAAUGCCGCUAUCUGGAUCUAUAGCCAAAACGAAUUCGUCAAAUUGUCCGGCGACGAGGCCAACAUCGGAAGGUACCGGUUCAACACGGGCAUGUUGGACAAGGUUUUCUGCAAGAUAUGUGGUGUCAUCUUGAUGAACCAGUUCAACAAUGAACUGUCUGAGGAAGAAAUUGCUGCGCUUACGGGGAAUAUGCGCCGGUUGUACGAUAACCAGCAUACGAGAACCGGGGUGAAUGCGCGGGCGUUGCAUGGAGUGGAUGUGAACAAGUUCAAGACGGUGAAGGUGGAGGGACGAGACAAGAUUCCAGGAGACUAUGUGAAUCCUUGAGCUUGAAAUUUGCCAGCUAAAGAAAAAAUUCUAGUUUUAUUCAAGUAUUCUAUUACUGAGGCGGGUAUAUAGCUGUCAUUAGCGGUUUUCACGAUCCUACAGUUAUAUAUAUGCGUGCGGAUGUACGCAAUCAUAACCGUGGCCAUUCCUCAAUCUAUACACUCUAUUCCCAAAGAC